UUCUGAAAAACGUUUAAUGGCUGAAACAGUCGUGUGCACACAUGAUACCACACCGGUGUCGCUAGCUUUAUCUUGAGUAUUUUAACGAAUAUAACAUCAGUAAUUGAUUUAACGGUCAUUUAAAAGUAUUUUCUCAGUUUCAACGCGGGUUUGCUGAAGGUGACUGCAGCAUGUUUGUGUUUGGAGGAGUGCUGGGGCGCGCGGUGACAACCUGUCAAUCAUCGGCUCUGCUGUGCGCUAGACUCUUCAGCACAGGCUCGUGCACCAGAAUACGAAUGCACGCGAUCCCCAAACUGAGAGAGGUGGAUCGAUGGACGGAGAAGAGAAGCAUGUUUGGAGUCUACGACAACAUCGGGAUCCUGGGAGGUUUCAAAGCUCAUCCGAAAGAGCUGAUCGGAGGGCCGGUGUGGCUCCAAGGCUUCAGAGGAAACGAGCUCCAGCGGCUCAUCAGGAAGAAGCGGAUGGUGGGAGAGCGGAUGAUGGCCGAGGACAAGCACAUCCUGGACAAGAGGAUCAGCUUCUUGUACCGCCGCUUCAACAGAUACGGCAAACACAGAUAG